CUAGUAAAUGACAUCCAGGGGCAGAGAUUGAGUCGCAAAGCCUCCAACUUUUGAAUUUGAAACAGCUAAAGAGCCGUUGGAGUAGAGAAAAAACACACUUAGAGAGAGAAUGGUGGGUAGAGAAACAAAAAACGGCUCUGCAGCUUUUUCGUGGGCAGAUGAGGUUGAGAAAGAAGAGGAAGAACAAGCUCGGUUUCAGGAGUGCCAGAAGCAGAAACCAAACCCUUUUGGCUCUGCCAGGCCCAGAGAAGUUGUUCUCCAGGAAAAAGGAAUUGAUUGGAGAAAACUCGACUUCCAUCUUCAACGACCUUCUCACAUAAGGCAGCUGGACGAUCCGAAGCUAUGUAAGGAAAAAAUCCCUGCCUCUGCUGCUCCAGGUAUCGACAGGAUACAUUCAGUUACCCCUAGCGAGUGCCUGAAAUAUGAAAUGGAAGAUGCCAAUUCGGACUUGAAAAGAGGUGAAAUUUUGCGGGAACCUUUGGCUAUGCAGAACCAGAAUCCUGUACCAUUCGUACCUCCUCUAAGAUAUCCACCUAAAAAUGUCAUUCCUAGUUUGUCUGAGUCUGGUUUUCAUUAUUAUCUACAUGACUUGGGCGAUGGGCAGCAAGAUUUUAAAAACAAGAAGCCCCUGAAGCCCGAGAAAGAGAACGCAUUUCAUCAGCAAGGGUCCCAAAGGGUUCAUUGCUCUCAAAAUAAUCAUGGAAGCCACAUUCUUCCUUACUAUCAUCGGCAAAUAUUGCAAGCUGAGCAAGGGAGCCAGUUUAAGGAGAAUUACGAAAAUUUCAAACUGGGGCAAUCAGUUGUUAAAGGGAAGAACUUGAGGAAAACAGCAGCUAGUAGAAUACAGCAUUCAGAUUCAGCUACUGAGAGACCUUGCAAAAAUCUUCAAGAAGAUUACGCAGUUAGUCAUGGGGUUAGGCAGAGCUUGAUAAACCACUCAUGUGCUGGAGGUACAUGCAAUGGCCUGGAAAGAUCUGUUGCCAAGAGAUCAAGUGGCACAGAAUUCAGUUCGAUGGCAGUUCAAAAAAGAAAAUGCAGCGAGAUGAAGAGGAACUAGGCAGUGAGAAACGAAUAUGAAAGGUAGGGGAAAACUCAAUUGUUACCACAAUUUUGCUUUCAGUAAUAAAACAAUCGUUCCAAUAACAAAAGCAAUACAUAUUUUAUACCUGCCUA